AUGCUGUUCGAGGAUGAGGCUAAGCGUGCACUCCGCCUCACCAUGGAUAUUGCUGAAAGAAGCAUCGAUGCUAUGUUUGCUGUCCACGCCGCCGGCCUAGUCAUCAGGCCUCUGCUGACCGCCCAAGAUCGGCGCACCAACACCGCACCCGCACAUCGCAUAUGGGUGAGCGUGGCCCAGGGAGGCACAGAGGCGCAUGUUUGGUGGAGGAGUCUCAACGUCAGGCUUUCACAUUGGUGGUCUCGCUUCACCGCCUUCCCCAGCAGCUGUGGAGUCUGUGCUCAGUACGCUGGCCGCACGCGCCGUGUCACUGCAUACUUGCUGAGUCACCCGCAGUUCCUGGAUGCAGGUGACUUGCGCAUCACAUUGGCCUCGCGAAUUGUUAGACAGCUUGACACUGCUGCUCCUACAUCCACGCCGGAUUCCACGCUGGAGUCCACGGUGGACGGCAAUGCUGAUGCAGCCCCGCGAACAGGUGAGCCGCCCAAUCACAACACGGCUGACCUCCCUGCUCCUGUUGAACCUCCCAGUGAGCUCACGAGAAGUGGCGUGGGACUAGCCACUCCAAUUGUCCGGGACAUCUCUGCCAAUGCUGAGUCGGCGAGUGGCCCCUCCCCCCUGCCGCCUCCAUCGGAGGCUGAGGGUACGCCUUUGCCUGCUCCCUCCACUGAGGGAGUGAGUUCUGUGCUGCCUGCGCCCGCUCCCCCGAGCAGCGAAGUGUCUGUCCCUUCCGCUGCGGUUGUCCCACCCCCUGCCCUUGAUGCGGACGUUGCCGGCCUGGCCCCUCCCCACCAUUCUGUGACCAGAGCCAGCCCCCCAUCCGCCGACUCGGCGGGUAUCGCUCCCAUGACCCCACCAAUGGACUGCGAGCUUACGCUGCGGGUGGUAGGACUUUACGGUCCCACUGGUGGGAAUCUCCCGAAUUUUGCGCACUCGCCUGACAACCUUGCUGCUGAAACUAGUCUAAAAGCCUUCAUUUCCCAAGAAGAGCGCAAGGCAGCAAUGGCAGGCGAUGCAUUGGUAGUGGGUGGGGACUUGAACUCUGUUGUCUCAAAGCCCCUGGACACUUGGGAAGGCACCCACAUUGAUCGUAUGGAUUGUGUAGCCCGCCACUUGGCGGCCAUGGGUCUCACGGAUGUAUUCCGCGCGCUCCAUCAGGACAUCAGGGCUUUCACCUUUUUUUCCACUGUGUCAGCCAGUAGGCUCGACAGCGUCUGGUACCUGCCUGCACCGACCUGGGCUGCAAGCCCAGUGAAUGCAUCCAUCUUGUGGCAAUGGUCGCAUCGCACUGACCAUGAACCAGUUAUGGUGGAUUUCACCUUCCAGCUUCCCGCGAUCCAUACCACCCUGCCCAAACCCUCUCCCACAUGGAAGGCCGUCGCCGGUUUGUUAGGUGCGCCGGAUAUGGCGCGAACUUGUCAGCAGGUGCACCGCAAGCUUGAGCAUCACAAAUUGCGCUUGCAACAUAUUUCUGAGCGCUUCACUGAGGCUGAAAUGCUCCUUGAUGCCACAUCUAAACCUCCAUGCGAGGGUGUAGUUGGGUUGUGGGAUGAAUUGACACCUCUAGCGGCUGAGGAGGCCAUGCGCCUUCGGGAUGUGGUCGACGGCAGCUUUAGUGAACUGCAGGAAAUUCUCUUGUCUUGCUUGCCCGAUGUUGCGAUGGGCGCUUCGCGUAGGAAUGCCAAGGCAUCGGAGGCAUGGCACCAAUGCCUACUCGAGCUCAGAAGCAUCAGGCGAUACCUGCAGGACAUCGCAGCCAAUCCGCGCAAGCAGUUCGUUGUAGAAAAAAUCUCAUUGCAACAGGCUUCAACACUGGCGGCCAAGGCCACUGCGCUUAUGAGGCUUGUGCAGACACACUCUCACCCCGCUGACGCCUCGGUAACCUGGGACUCUUUUCAUAGCAACCUCGAUGAGUGGGUGGGCGCACUGGAGGUGCCGGAGUUUCGCCAGUUGCAGUGCUUAGCCGUGUUGAAUAGCGCCUCGAUUGCCCGUUCCUCCCGCUCUGCUGUAGGUAAUCUCACAUCUCGUAUGUCGCCGUUCCAUUGGUCUAUCAACGUCAGCGCGACAGACAGGAGACACGCUCCGACCUUGAUCGCGCAGGUUACGGAGUGGAUUGACAAUGUCCGUGCACUGUACUCCAGCUGCACCCACAAGCAGUCGAGAGGCUACUUGCAGGAUCGUCGUCAGCGCCUUCGCACAGGGGAUGUGAAGGGCUGGGCAAAACUGAUGCGCCCACUCCCACAGCCUCGUUUGGAGUACCUUCCUGACUGGUGCGUGCGUGAUGAUGGUGUCGCUUAUAGGCCCACUACGGUUACCGAUGUGUUACGCGGUGCUGAGCAGGAAUGGGGGGCAUUGCUUCGUGAGCCUGCGGAAUCGUGGAACCAUGCUCUCAUCCGCAGCUACCAGGACUCCACCGGCCGCAUGCGCGGUAUGCUUAACUUCACGUCUGUCAUGUCCUUGGAUGGCAACGAGAACCUUCAUCAGGUAAGCCGUGCACUGCUUAAUCCCGGGCCUUGGCUAUUGUUGUCUUGGCAUCGCGAUCAACUCCAUAUCUGGACUGAGCACUGCUUGCUUGUUGCUGGUUGGGUUUUCCACUGGGAUGGGUGGGCUUGGGUGGGACAUCGGCCGGCGCCUUGUUGUGGUGCUAGGUAUGUGUUAGUGCUCGUCAAUGGUGUGGCUUCAUUUCGGUGGUCAGCUGAUAGAUGGCACUGCACUGCCGGAGGCUGCUUGCUGCUUAGAAAGUUUGAGCCUCCUAAUGACGCCUUCACUUCGUCCAGUACACAAGCCGAGCGGCAACACAUUCUGAGCAAGCACCGUCACUCGUGUCCGGGGCCGUCGGGGUGGAAGAUGGCCUUUCUGGAGUUUUUCCCCGACCAUGUGCAACAGCUGUACUGGCGAAGCAUUGACUUUCAAAGACGAUCGGGUAUUGUAGCAUCUUCUCUUAAACAGGCGUUGCAGGUCCAUCUUUCCAAGGCCACGGGGGGUUGGAGGCCGCUUUCUCUCAUGGAAGAGGGGUUCAAAGCCGUUGAAGGUCCCCUGAAUAGGAGGCUGGCGGCAGAGGUGCGGCAGGACAAGGAUGGCCAAAUGUACAGCUUGCUAAACAUGGGUUACGCCCCGGGCUGCCCGGCAGCCCCACAUGUUCUGUAUUUGGAUGCUCUGCUGCUUGAGGAUGCAGCAAGGCACGCACGUCCUAUAUCAAGGCUGGCUGUGGAUUACGAGAAAUUUUUCAAUACAUUGCAGCUUGUAGAAAUCGACGCUGUUCAACACUGCCGCGGCGUUCCGGAUGCUGCGCGAGCUCUGUGUCAAGAGCUUUUCGGGGCCUGUGCCGUCAGGUUAGCAACUCGCCUAGGCGUCACCUUGCCGGUUUCGGUCUCCAGGGGCGUCCCUCAGGGGUCGGUGUCUUCACCCAGCCUGUCCCGUGGUGCCCAGGAGCCUAUGCUGAGGUUACGUGAGAACAGCUCUCAAGGCUAUCGAACAAGCGGGGGUAGACUUGUACACGCUACGGGCUUUGUUGACGAUUUAGAGCACUAUGGCUCAGGUGUUGGUGACCUGGCGGGUAUCUCCGAAACCCUUUCCCUGGGUAGUGCUAGCUCUGGAGUCGGGUUUUCAUGGAAGAAAUGUCGAGCUUUUGCUAGCGACUGGGAUGAGAGGCAAGAGCAGGCAGGCCCACAAGUCCAGUUGCAGGGUUUGCAACUCACCAGUUGGGAUAUUUGGAGUGGCGGCUUUAAGCAGGUAUUCCAAGGGCGCUUCCAGAUGAGGAGGAAGUUCUGCUGGGCAAACGUGGCACUCUGA